AUGCCGCAAAGGAAUGGAGUGGCAGCAGCAGCAGCAGCAGCAGCUCCCACGGCCAAGCUGUUGUUGCAGAGGGAGGCUUUUAGGUGUCUCGCGUUAGGUUUAGGGAGUGCUGCUGGAUAUACGGAACGAGGAGCAGAUCAGCUUUCCCUAGGUUUGCAGCUGCUGUUGCAAGCUUCUGGAUUCUUUCUAGAGGCGGACUGCACCCCACUGCAUCUGAGUUGCUGCCGGCAGGCAGCUGUUGUUGCGCUGCAGCUGCGAGCUGUGGAGCUGCAGCUGUCUCGCCAGAGUCUGCAGCAGCAGCAGCAGCGGCGGAAUAGCCGCUCGCUGCUGUCGCAGCUGUUGCAGCGCUGCAGCACCGUCCUUGAGGGGUCUCUACACCCCUUCAAGGAUGCGGAAGCCUUCCUCAAGGGGGGAGGAACAGAAUUCCCGCUGCUUUCGCUGCCAGAUUUAUCGGAGAGUCUGACUAAGAGUGACUCCUGCUCCUCGAAUUCGCAGCAGCUAGCGAGCACAGAGGACGCAGCAGCAGAAGCGGCGAGCCUGAACCUCUCUAGCUGGUUCAAAACGCUGCUCUUUUCUCUGGAGGAGUCUGAUCUUCAGUGGCGUUGUGGGCGCGGAGCUAGCGGAGAGGGACUAGACUACUGCUCUUCGGAAGGCGGCUCAGCUGCGUCUGCAGCGGCAGAGGCAGAAACGGCAGCUGCAGCAUCGCGAGAAACGGCAGCUGCAGCGGCUGCUUCAGAUGCUGUUCGGAAAUCUGAGGAAGCUGCAGCAGCAUCCGUAGGUUUAGAUGGUCCUUACCUGCAGUUGCUGCACCUGUCCUUCUCACAGCUGUUGCUCUUCCUGGAGCUGCAUCCAGACGCCGUGGUUUCUGGUCUGACUGCACAGGUAUGGAGAAUAGAUUUUCCCAGCUCUGAACUUACUCUAAGAAAAGAAAUGACGGUGUGCAUCGUGUGUGGCUUCUCUACCAAGACGCAUAGGGAGGAACUAGGGUCGCAUAUAUGUGCUGCAGCACAUCUUGGUGCGUAUAUACCACGUUUUCCGACGCUGCUGCUGCUGUUGCUGCUGCAGGCGUAUCAGCAUAUUUACGGGGGAGUCGUGCAGCUCGCAUGGCCGCGUGCAGUGUACAGGCAGGUGGUUCUUGGGGGGCGAUUAUCGUAUCUUGCGCAGCUGCUUGGCAGACCGCUUGAGCAGCAGCACCAGUCGCCUUCCGCAUCGGAUACACAACUUCGAGGGUCACUAAUGAACGCUUCGAAUCCUGAGGGAGGCUCCUCUCCCAAUUGGGGAGCACCUUCAAGGGAGCCUCCGCAGCAACAGCAGCAGCCGCAUCUUCCUCAGGGGAUAUGGGGAGAGGGUCUUAGCAAGGCUGCCUUGGAAGUUCUGGUGUCUCUGCACCUCAGAGAGUUUGCAUGCAGCGGUGAAAGCGAUGAGCAACCAGGCUUGCGCAGCAGCAGCAGUGCUAGCCGGCGGGUUGACGGUGGUGUUGAGAGGCCUUUUACUUCUAUUGCAGGAAUAGAGGAGCACGACGCGGAGCUGUAUACGGAGAAUUUUUCCGUGGAUGCUGACGCAUACCUCUUGCAGCCAACAGGCGCAGCAGCAGCGGCUCGCGCGCAGUCGCAGGAAGUCUGGGAGGCUUUAAAGGCUGCAGCAGAGCGAAACCUUCUUAGGCUUCUUCAGGAGGCCUUGCCCAACAUCCGCAUUCGGCUCAAGCUCCUUGUCUCCCUGGGACCAUCCUUCAGUGCAGCAGCAGCCGAGUGCUGCCGCUUGCUGGACGAUAGAUGCUUGUAUAUGCCGCAGGGUUUCCUUUCUCGAGCGGUUCGAGACACUGGAGCGCAGGUGGCUGCAGUAGGGGGUGGACGCGAUGCGCAUUCAAGUGCAGACUUUAUUGCUGCUGCCACUGCGCAGCACAGGACCGCUCCUAAUGAUCUUGCCACGUACACAGCUAAGCGGAGAAACGCUUUGCAAACUAGCACCUGCAGAGAGGCUACAUCUGACCUAGAGGCGGCUGAUCUGUAUGCGGCGUCAUGCAACUGGACUGCUACGUCAUGUACUAUUGUGGAUCCUGAUGAGGCGAACGAGUUUUCGAUGGAUUAA